AUGGAAUCAGAUCAGGGAAAGCUGUUUAUCGGCGGGAUUUCAUGGGAUACCGACGAGAAUCUUCUAAAAGAGUACUUCACCAAUUACGGUGAGGUUUUACAAGUGACGGUGAUGCGUGAGAAAGCUACAGGUCGUCCUCGAGGUUUCGGAUUCGUCGCAUUCUCCGAUCCCUCCGUCAUUGAUAGGGUUCUUCAGGACAAGCACCAUAUCGAUAAUAGAGAUGUUGAUGUAAAGAGGGCAAUGUCUAGAGAAGAGCAGAGUCCUGGUGGGAGACCAGGGAGUUUUAAUGCUUCUAGGAGUUUUGAUAGCGGCGCUAACGUUCGUACCAAGAAGAUAUUCGUGGGAGGUUUGCCUCCCGCAUUAACAUCAGAUGAAUUUAGGGCUUACUUUGAGACUUAUGGCCCUGUGAGCGAUGCAGUUAUAAUGAUUGACCAGGCAACACAACGACCUAGAGGGUUUGGGUUUGUUUCGUUUGACUCUGAAGAUUCGGUUGACCUUGUUUUGCACAAGACUUUCCAUGAUAUGAAUGGUAAACAAGUAGAAGUUAAAAGAGCUCUUCCUAAAGAUGCUAAUCCUGGAGUAGCUGGGGGUGGUGGUCGGGGUGGCUCUGGAGGUUUCCCGGGCUAUGGUGGCUCUGGUGGAAGUGGAUAUGAGGGUCGUGUUGAUUCGAGUAGUAGAUACAUGCCGCCGCAAAACUCUGGAAGUGGUUAUCCUCCUUAUGGUGCUUCUGGGUAUGGUACUGGUUAUGGUUAUGGCAGCAACGGUGUAGGUUAUGGCGGUUUUGGAGGGUAUGGGAAUCCAGCUGGUGCGCCACCAUACGGGAACCCUGGAGCUGGGUUUGGAAGUGGUCCAAGAAGUUCAUGGGGAGGCCAAGCACCGUCGGGUUACGGUAAUGUGGGAUAUGGAAAUGCUCCUGCUCCGUGGGGUGCUUCUGGUCCCGGUUCAGCAGUAAUGGGUCAAGGAGGUGGUGCCUCUGUAGGUUAUGGCUAUGGUGGAAAUGAUGCUUCUUAUGGGGCUCCAUCUGGUUAUGGUGCAGUUGGUGGGCGGCCUGGAAAUAUGCUUAACAGCCAUGGAGGUGGCUAUGCUGAUGGUUCUGAUGGCUCUGGAGGCUAUGGGAAUCAGAAUCACCAAGUGAACGGGCAAGCUGGUUAUGGUGGAGGUUACGGAAAUGGUAGGCAAGUUCAACAACAGUGA